AUGUCCAAUCAGAGGAGCAGGAAGAGGAGCAGCAAGGAAAUCUAUUACAGCGCCAGUGAGGAACUAGAGAUGUUUGCAGAGCAGACAGGCCAGGUUCCCACGAAGAGGAGGAGAGAGGAGGAAGAAGGGAGCUAUGCUAAGCAGGCAGGCCAGGCUCCCAGGAAGAGGAGCAGAGAGGAGGAAGAAAGGAGCUCUGCUAAGCAGGCAGGCCAGACUCCCAGGAAGAGGAGGAGAGAGGAGGAAGCAGGGGGCUCUACUGAGCAGGCAGGCCAGACUCCCAGGAAGAGGAGCAGAGAGGAGGAAGAAGGAAGUUCUGAUGAGCAGACAGGCCAGACUCCCAGCAAGAGGAGGAGAGAGGAGGAAGCAGGGAGAUCUGCUAAGCAGGCAGGCCAGACUCCCAGGAAGCGGAGCAGAGAGGAGGAAGAAGGGAGCUCUGAUGAGCAGGCAGGCCAGACUCCCAGGAAGAGGAGCAGAUGUUACACAGCCAGUGAGGAUCUCCAGAGCUGUGCAGAGAGGAAAGGAGAGAAGAGGAGAUGGUCACAGGACACAGAAUGUGAGAGCCAUCUGAGGAAGAGAAGGAGGAGUGACGGAGGAGCAAACAACGGGACGACAGAACGCGUAGCGGCCGCUACAGAACGCGUAGCGGCCCCUACAGAACGCAAAAAGUUCAAAUUUCGUUUCAUCUUCCACAAGAUACUUGGAUCAGGAGCCUUUGGGACGGUGCUGUUGGCUACUCACAUUGAAAGUGGCAUGCUGGUGGCCGUGAAGAUCGUUCAGAAGUUGCAUGCAGUUGCAUUCGGAGAGAACUUUGCCCUGUGUGAGCGUCGUGCCCUGGAGAGGGUGGGGGGCAGCCAUUACUGUACCCACGCCUACGCCACAUUCCAGACAAAGAACCAGUUAUUCUAUGUCAUGGAAUAUCUAAGCGGAGGAGAUCUAGUGGACAAGGCGGGAAGAUGUGACAUCACCACCCUCAGACUGGCUGCAGCGGAGCUCGUGUGUGGUCUGCAGUUUAUUAACUCCACAGGUGUCGUACACGAAGACCUGAAGCUUGACAACGUCCUCAUAGAUAGCACCGGUCACAUAAAAAUCGCCGACUUCGGAAUUGCAAGUGUCUACACACCUGAAAGCAAGAAACCUUUUGACCCAGCCAUUGAUUAUUACUGGUUGGGGGGUACAUUACAUGAUCUGGCCUUCGGUGCUGGGUCAACCUUAAGUGAACUAGACAACACCAUGAACUGUCUAAGGCCACCGUACCUGGUGGACACCGACCCCGACCCCGACUUCAUGGACCUGCUGAAAAAGCUCCAGUGCAAAAGCGAAAAGUUUUACAAAGAGACCAUCAGGAACAUCAGAAAUCACCCGUUUUUCCGAGGAAUAAACUGGGAGGAGGUGGAGGCGAGAGAGACGCGCCCCCCAUUCAAUGUCAGUCGAAAGGGCCUCAGACACAUUACAAGGCAGAAGAUAUCACUGGAUGACAUCCUAGGCAAUUAUGACGUUCCAGACGAGAUGCAGAUGCUAUUCGAUAGCUUUUCAUUUGAGAGUGAUCAAUGGAGAGCCAUGCAGAAGCUGAACUGA